CGCGUGCGCGCUAGGGACUGAGUUAGGCGAGCGCUGCUGUUAAGGUGCCGGGCAGUGGCCGGUCGUUUUUAUACCUUCCCGCGCGGGCGCUGCCAACGGAAGGCGGGCGGGGCAGCGCGAGGUUAAGCCGGCGGAGACUCCGCCGUCAUGAAGGUGAAGAUUAAGUGCUGGAAUGGUGUGGCCACUUGGCUCUGGGUGGCCAACGACGAGAACUGUGGCAUCUGCCGGAUGGCCUUUAAUGGAUGCUGCCCGGACUGCAAGGUCCCGGGUGACGAUUGCCCUCUGGUGUGGGGCCAGUGCUCCCACUGCUUCCACAUGCACUGCAUCCUCAAGUGGCUCAACGCGCAGCAGGUGCAGCAGCAUUGUCCCAUGUGCCGCCAGGAGUGGAAGUUCAAGGAGUGAGGCACCCCCAAGCCCCAGCCGUGGACUGGCCAGCCGUGCUCUCCCCUGGGAUGGCCCCCCUCUGGGCGGUGACAGGGUUGUCACAAGGACUGGAGCUGCGUUUGUUUUCCUUCAAAUGGUGACACUUUAUCCAAUAAGUAAAACUCAUUAAAUUACCUGA